AGGAGCUCUGAAUGUCUCUUGUAGCUCGGGGUUUUGGGUUGGGCGCCCGUGUUAUGCACGGGAUACCGGCAUAGACGGGCUGGGCGGCAGCUGUCCAGGUGGCAUCUGGAUAAUAACCGAAAAUGUCCGGCAGAUUGUGGUGCAAAGCAACCUUUGCUGGCUACAAGAGAGGCCUCCGAAACCAGAGGGAACACACCGCCCUCCUGAAGAUUGAAGGGGUCUAUGCCAGAGAUGAGACGGAGUUCUACUUGGGCAAGAGAUGUGCCUAUGUGUACAAAGCAAAGAACAACACGGUGACACCAGGAGGCAAACCAAACAAAACUCGGGUGAUCUGGGGAAAGGUGACCAGAGCUCAUGGCAAUAGUGGCAUGGUCCGUGCCAAGUUCCGCUCUAACCUACCCGCCAAGGCCAUGGGACACAGAAUCCGCGUAAUGAUGUACCCUUCAAGGAUCUAAACAUUCUGUACAAAUAAAAGAAAAUUCAGGAUC